UGUGUGGGAGAGCGAGUGGCACCGGCACCAGAGGCAGGCGACAGAUUUGCAAAGAGCCUGGUGAAGAAGACUCUGCUGGCUGUGCCUUUUUAACCUUCUCCUCCCGAAGGAUCUCUCCUCCUCCUCUCUCCCCCAGGGGAUCAAACUCCAAAUGUUGGUCCAACUGAGGACGGCUUUCCAGCAAGCCGGGAAGAUGUCCGAAGGGAACCUGCCCAAAUUGGAAGCCAACAUCCUCGUCAUCGGGGCUGGGAACGUUGGAAAAUCAGCUUUGACUGUUCGAUUUCUGACUCGGAGGUUUAUUGGCGAAUAUGGAGAUAUUGAAUCAAUUUACACCCACAAAGUGAUAAUGGCUGGCCGGGAGGCCUGCUUCAGCAUCUGGGACUCCAUCUGCCCACAGAUGGCCAACCUUCAGGGUUGCAUAAAUGAGAAACAGCUCCGGUGGGCUGAUGGCUUCAUCAUCGUCUACAGCAUCUGCGAUCGUGCCAGCUUCCAUUUUGCCCGCCAACAGCUCCAGCGGAUCCAACAGCUGAAAAGGAGAGGAGGGGCUGAAAAGACGCCCGUUAUCCUGGUGGGGAACAAACGCGACUUGCAACACCUGCGAACCGUUUCCAGCGAGGAGGGCCGGCUUCUGGCCCUUUCCACUGAUGCAGGCUUUUUCGAGAUCUCUGCUGCAGAGACCUACCAUGGAGCCUUGGUGGUCUUCCAUGAACUUCUCGACAUGGUACGGGACACCAGGAGCUCCAUCAAAAAGGCUGUGGGCAUCCGGAGAAUUGUACGCAGUAUGUCGGCUGUCUUUGGGAGGAGGAGGACUGAAUGAGCUUUGGCUGGGAAAACCGAGGAGGAAAGAGUGGCUCUGAUGAUGGCCGUUCAGUUGGAUGCACAUUCAUCCAUAAGGAAGGUCAGAUGAAAUGACCACAGAAGGAGGGUGUGGAAAUAUUGUACGCCCUAUGCACAAGCUAUGGAUGAGUGUACUUCCUGUUCCUGUCUAUUUCUCUAUAGAAGAGAGAAACCGUGAACAAUUGUAAAUCAUUUUCUCCUGCCAACACAGUCUUGCAUCUUGGAAAUCUGACAAAUUUGCAGUUCCAAAACAGUGUUAUCAGGAUAGAGAGCUGCAGAUCAGACAUGGAGUGUAAAAAAUAUAAUCAAGAAGGUGCUUUGGAGCAUGUGCAGAGAGCCAUUCCUUUGGGGAGGCGGGUCUUCCAAGUCAAAGGAGAGACUGGCACCAUUCUGCAUAUAUUACACCCUCUGCAGUGAGAUGAUUUGAAAGAAGCUGAGCAAUUAUGGCAUUUCUGAAGGCAUACAAUGUUGCUGUGAAAACCUUUGGAGACUCUGCAGGGGUUGGAGAAAUGAUUAGGUUGAUUGGGAAGAAAAUAGGUUUCAAUUGAUCUCAUGUCAAUUCAGUGUAGGAACCCUGCUGAAUCUGACAGUGUGUGCUUGCAACCUGCACAUAGUGCUUUCUCUUUAAUGAAACACUCAAAGGUGGAGGCUUGGCCGUGAUUUUUUUUAAUAUUAUGAGAAGCGCAUGCUGAAAGCCACCCAGAUGGGUUCUUAUCUCAGCUGAAUACUAUAUAAUUCCCCUUUUUAAGAAGGCAUGGGGAAUAGCUAAACGGUAGAGAUGGCAUCUGUGUCUAGGGGUGGGGUGGGGGUUGGAGGUACAAAAAAUGUUUCCUGGAAAGAAAAUGUAAAUGUUCGCCGUUAUGUCCUUGUUUAACAUAUAAGUUUAGUUAAAACGCUGGAGUUUAGAAAGAAGACAUAAAAUAGUCCUUGCCACCAAAUCUGUAAUCGGAUUUAGAUGUUCAAUAAGAAGUUUAUUUAUUUAUUUUAUAUCCUUCCCUUCCUCCCAGAAGAAGCCCAUGGUGGCAGACAACAAGCGAUAAAACACUAACAUCAUCUUGUUGUGGUUAUGAUCCAAGGAACGAUGCAGCAAGUACUUUUGCCCUUGCAGGAGGUUUCAGACUCUAGACGUGCAAUUGUGCCUAAUAUACACAUUUUUACACAGCAUAGUUUCCUGUAUAAAACGCAUUUUUCUCCGUUAUUUUCACUAAUGUAUGCUUUUUUAUGCAUGUUACUUGGCUGGAGAACUAGAUUGCAAAAUUCAGAAAGGAGCAAAUUUUGAGGGAUGGGUGUGUUUCUGGGCUUGUUUACAUGGCAAGAAAGUCUGCAUCUGGUCCAAAAUGGAGAUCCUUUAAAUUUGGACCAUUUACUCGACGUUUUAACAAAAGCGCAGGCAUUGUGCUGCUUUUGCUUUUAACGCCGGGUUUAAUCGAUGUGGUUAAAAACAGGAUUUACCUUGAAAAACCGCAUCCACUUCAGUGCGUGUAAAUGUUUCUCUUCUUUUCUUUUUUUUGAUCCCCCCCCUACGCCGCCCCCUAGCACUGUGAAUGCUGUAAAUCCAUCUUGAGAUGUGAACUGAAUCAAAGUUCUCCCCCAUCCAUCAGUAAACCUGCACAGGAUUGUGCUGUAAAUCGCUUUGAGGGUGGACGCAUCUUGACUCUAGCACGGGGCUUCCCAAACUGUGGUCCAUGGACCACCAGUGGCACACAAGCUUCAUUCAGGGGGUCUAUGGCAUGUCUGCAU